CAUGAAGAGGAGCCACCACGACUACAGCUCAUCAGACAGCGAGCUGGAUGAGAACAUCGAGGUGGAGAAGGAGAGUGCCGAUGAGAAUGGAAACUUGAGUUCAGCUCCGGGAUCGAUGUCCCCAUCUACCACCUCCCAGAUCCUGGCUAGAAAGAGGCGCAGAGGGAUCAUAGAGAAGCGUCGGCGGGACAGGAUUAAUAACAGCUUGUCUGAGCUCAGAAGACUGGUGCCCAGCGCCUUUGAGAAACAGGUGCUUUCUCAGGGUUCUGCAAAGCUGGAAAAAGCUGAGAUCCUGCAGAUGACGGUGGAUCACCUUAAGAUGCUGCACACUGCUGGGGGCAAAGGAUAUUUUGAUGCCCACGCUCUUGCCAUGGACUAUCGCAGCUUGGGUUUCAGAGAGUGCCUUGCAGAAGUCGCCCGGUAUCUGAGUAUUAUUGAAGGUAUGGACACGGCCGAUCCUCUCCGAGUGCGACUGGUAUCUCAUCUGAACAACUACGCCACUCAAAGGGAAGCUGCCAGCAGUGCCCACUCCAGCCUCGGACACAUUCCCUGGGGGGGCGCCUUCACUCAUCACCCUCACCUCUCUCACCCUUUGCUCCUGGCACAGACUGCUCAUACAAACGGCAGCAGCACAACGUCUUCCACAGAGUCCCACCACCAGAGCAGACUUCCUGGGUCACCACAUGCUGAAUCGCCGGUGCUGCGCAUCUCCUCCAAUGGGAGCCUCACGUCAGUGCUGCCAGUCGUCACUCCUUCAAAACUCUCUCCUCCGCUGUUGUCCUCGGUGGCAUCCCUCUCUGCGUUCCCGUUUUCCUUUGGAUCUUUCCACUUGCUCUCCCCCAAUGCACUGAGCCCGACGGCACCGGCGCCCACGGGCAAACCGUACAGACCCUGGGGGACGGAGAUCGGAGCCUUUUAGGAUCUUUUUUAUUAGAAACUCGUUAGUUUUUAUGCAGGGGGUGAUCUGAAGGGGGGCGGGGGGUGGGACAGUCCAGCUGUGCUGGGCUUCUAUCACUGAUAUUUACAUUGUAAUGCCAACCUGGGUGAUCUGAUGGUACCAUUACAAACUAUUUCUCUUUAAAAAGAUCCCUAAAUAUCAUUUUCUUUUUCCUCUAGUGACCUUUCUUGAACAAUGUACCUUUCUGUAUCAGGAUGAACACAGGCCCUGGUUCAAUAUUUAACUUGCUUUUGUAAUGUAAUAAUCUCAGUUGAUGUCAUGACAGUGACCCAGUUUAACCAAUAGCUUCAUGUUUUGACAUUU